ACACUGUUUUCACUCCACACAAGCCCACACUCCCAACUCCAAACGCCUACUCUCUCUCGCUCAUGGCCUCCUCCUGCUGCUGCCGACUCGCCGUCGUCGCAUCCGCCGCCGCCGGCGGGGAGCCCGUCCGCCGCAUCCGCCGUCGCGCGCCUGGCCCUGCCCGCCACCCGCUCAACUCGGCCCCGGCCCCGGCCCCUCCCGCGCAGCCGUCCGUCGCGGAGGUGCGGCGCGCCAUCGGCAUCGGCGACGACGACCCGUCCGCCGCCCCCUCCUCCCGCCGCGCGGAGAGGCACUCUGCGUUCAUGGACCUCAUCGCCUCCACCCCCAUCGGCCAGCCGGAGGGCGACGCCGAGCGCCGCCUCCGCGAGGCCGCCGAGUGGGUCGUCGACACCACGGAGGACGGCGCCUGCCAAGCACAAAAGUCCCUGUUGCUACUAUGCAUGAAGAUCUUUCCUCUAUGGCUCCUCCUGCUGUGUAUUGCCCUUGGUGCUAUAAAGUUACCAUUUGAUAUUCCGGGUCUGGAUGAUCUCCUGAUGUAAGGUGUUAGUUUGUUCCCGUUUUUAUUUUCUCGAUUAUACAAGCUGUGGACAAUUGAAAGAAAUAGUAGCAGAUAUGGACCAUUGAAGUCACUUCUGUUGUAAGCUAUGAUUAAGUUGUCUAAUUUCUGUUCUUCUUCGCCUGCUUGCAGUUGCGAUAACAUUUGGAUAUAUGCAUUAUAUGAUGGGAUGCUUAUAAGCAUAAUAAAUACUUUUGUACUCAAGGGCUGGUUUGGUUCUCUACCUUACCACAAUUUUGUAAUGCCAAAACGGGAAAGGUUUUGGCAUUACCAAAUUUUGGAAAUUAGAGGUGGAGGAUGUUUGGUUUGCUAACAAUGUUUGGUGAUGUCAUAUGGGUGCAUGCACAUGACCAAAAUUUUGGUAUGGUAGGGUUCCUUAAGGACCGAUUCACUCUGCAAGGAGUUUGCCAGGGUAUUGCUACUAACUGACCCUAAAUCAUCCUGUUAUUGCCAUAUAUCUUCUGCUAUUGCACCAUAUACACUUUUUUCAAUAUGUCAGCCAUGGUCUGAUGAGCAGCCACUUGCUCCUUAAAUACU